UGACCCGUCCGCCCCGCCCCGCCCCUCCGGCCGCGGCAUGGCUCCGCUCCGCUUCUCCGCCAAUCUAUCCUGGUUGUUCCCGGAGCUCCCCGGGCUCCCCGCGCGCCUGCGGGCCGCGGGCCGCGCGGGUUUCGAGGCCGCCGAGGUGGCCUGGCCGUACUCGGAACCGCCCGAGGCGCUGGCGCGCGCGGCGCGGGAUGCGGGGCUGCGGCUGGUGCUGAUCAACACGCCGCCUGGGGACGCAGAGAAGGGGGAAAUGGGGCUGGGCGCCGUCCCCGGCAGGCAGGCGGCCUUCCGCGAGGGGCUGGAGCAGGCUGUCCUGUACGCCAAGGCCCUGGGCUGUCCCAGGAUUCACUUAAUGGCUGGCCGGGUACCCCAGGGGGCUGAUGGAGGUGCAGUCAGGGAUGAGAUGGAGACAGUUUUUCUGGAGAACCUGAGGCAUGCAGCUGAUGUUCUGGCUCAGGAGAACCUCGUGGGACUGCUGGAGCCCAUUAACACCCGCAUUACUGAUCCCCGAUACUUCCUGGACACGCCCCAGCAGGCGUCAGCCAUCUUACAGAAGGUUGGAAGACCCAACCUCCAACUACAAAUGGAUAUAUUCCACUGGCAGAUCAUGGAUGGAAACCUGACAGGAAAUAUCCGGGAGUUCCUGCCCAUUGUUGGGCAUGUGCAGGUGGCACAGGUCCCAGGUCGAGGGGAGCCAGACAGCCCUGGAGAGCUGGACUUCCCCUACCUGUUCCAGCUGCUGGAAGAUGAAGGCUACCAAGGUUUUGUGGGCUGUGAGUAUCGGCCUCAAGGAGACACAGUGGAGGGUCUAAGUUGGCUGCGUUCAUACUGGGAUAGGCGAGGCCAACCACAGGCUGGCCCAUGAGGUCCUGUACAUCACCUGAAUCCUUCUCUGGACAGUGAGUGAGCCGCUUAUCUCCUCCCCGGAAUUAAAGACAACCUGCCGAGCAUU